AGAGUUGAAGAGACACAGUGACGACACAAACAUAUUACAUUCGACGGUAUAAUGGCCACAAAACCAGGAGUCCUCACCGAUUGGCCUUGGACACCCCUCGGAAGUUUCAAGUACAUCGUAAUAGCACCAUGGGCUGUCCAUAGCACAUACAGGUUUGUGACAGAUGAUCCAGAGAAGAGGGAUCUCGGGUACUUCCUUGUGUUCCCAUUCUUGCUCUUCAGAAUUCUGCACAACCAGGUUUGGAUCUCUCUGUCCCGUUACUAUACGUCCUCGGGAAAGAGACGCAUCGUCGACAAGGGAAUCGACUUCAAUCAGGUCGACAGGGAGACCAACUGGGAUGACCAAAUAUUGUUCAACGGAGUGCUGUUCUAUAUAGGCAUCAACCUAUUGCCGGAGGCCAAACAACUUCCCUGGUGGAGAACUGACGGAGUGUUGAUGGCAGCGCUUAUUCACACCGGACCGGUGGAGUUCCUCUAUUAUUGGCUCCACAAAGCUCUCCACCAUCACUUUCUUUAUUCCCGCUACCAUUCCCACCACCACUCCUCUAUCGUCACUGAGCCCAUCACUUGUAACUAUUGUUUCUUACCUUGAUUUUUACGCUGCCUAUAUUUCCGUUUUUCUUUUUAUAAUUAUUAUACGUAAAAUAUACAUCGUUCACGUCCUAACUAGUAGCUUUUAUCUGUAUAUAAUGGGAUUUGAUCAAAUGUAUGCAGCGGUGAUACAUCCGUUUGCGGAGCACAUAGCAUACUUCAUCCUCUUCGCGAUACCACUACUUACCACGUUGCUAACAAAAACGGCGUCAAUAAUUUCGUUCGCCGGAUACAUAAUCUACAUAGACUUCAUGAACAACAUGGGACACUGCAACUUCGAGCUAAUCCCUAAGCGCCUUUUCCACCUCUUUCCUCCCCUCAAGUUCCUCUGUUACACCCCCUCGUAAGUCCUUAAUUAACAACUCCUCUUCUGUUUCAUACACUACCAAUUUGGCGUAGUAAAAGCAUUUACAAGAAACCAUUCUUGAUGAUCUGAUACAAAUACCUAGUUAGAUCAUAUUAAUUAAUCCUCUUAUGGUCAUCAUAAAAUCUAAGCAAAUGAUAAAUCAUACUAAUACAGGGGAUAUAUGCUAUUAUAAUAGAAUUCCAUACACGUACUCCAUUCCUGUAUAAAAUAAAGGUGACGUGAUACAGUUGUAUGCUUAAUAUGAUCGUCAACUACUGAAUCCCUGGACCACAACAGAAAAAAAAACAAUUAUUUAAUAUAUCUUACAUGGUUCAACUUAUCGGCACAUAAUCCAAUUUCCCACAACUUUACGCAUUGAUAGCAUCUUUAACCAAACAUCCUUUGAGAACUAUUUUAAAUAUCAAAUUCAUUAGUCGAUAUGUAGCAGGUGGUCCCUCUAAACGCUCAAGUUAUAUUAAACCUUCUGGAUUCAUAUUUACUUUUAAAUAUUUGUGACUUUUUUUCCUUCGGUAUUAAUUUAGCGCAAUGUGAAAGCAAAAUUUAAUAGUUAAAAUACAUUAAAGUUUGGAUAAUAAAUGGAGCAUGAGAAUUGCAGAUACCACUCGCUGCACCACACGCAGUUCCGGACCAACUACUCCCUCUUCAUGCCCUUGUAUGACUACAUCUACGGCACAAUGGAUGAAAGCACGGAUACGUUGUACGAGAAAACUCUAGAAAGAGGAGAUGAUAUAGUGGACGUGGUGCACUUAACUCACCUGACGACGCCAGAAUCCAUAUACCAUUUGCGCAUUGGCUUGGCCUCAUUUGCCUCCUACCCCUUCGCUUAUAGAUGGUUCAUGCGCCUUUUGUGGCCUUUCACCUCUCUCUCCAUGAUAUUCACGCUCUUCUACGCCCGCCUCUUUGUCGCUGAGAGAAACUCCUUCAACAAGCUCAACUUGCAGUCUUGGGUGAUACCUAGAUAUAAUCUACAGUACUUGUUAAAAUGGAGGAAAGAAGCGAUCAAUAACAUGAUUGAGAAAGCGAUACUGGAGGCAGAUAAGAAAGGAGUGAAGGUGCUUAGUCUGGGUCUCAUGAACCAAGGGGAGGAGCUUAACAGGAACGGAGAGGUGUAUAUCCACAACCAUCCAGAUAUGAAAGUGAGACUGGUCGACGGCAGUAGAUUAGCAGCAGCUGUUGUGAUCAACAGUGUACCCAAAGCAACUACAAGCGUCGUGAUGACAGGCAAUCUCACUAAGGUUGCCUACACCAUCGCCUCUGCUCUCUGCCAGAGAGGCGUUCAGGUCUCCACUCUGCGCCUAGACGAGUAUGAGAAAAUAAGAUCAUGCGUUCCACAAGAAUGCAGAGACCAUUUGGUCUAUUUAACCUCUGAAGCACUCUCAUCAAACAAGGUAUGGCUGGUGGGAGAAGGAACAACAAGAGAAGAGCAGGAAAAAGCCACAAAAGGGACAUUGUUUAUACCAUUCUCACAGUUCCCCCUCAAGCAGUUACGUAGAGAUUGUAUCUAUCAUACCACACCAGCAUUGAUAGUUCCAAAAUCUCUGGUGAAUGUCCACUCCUGUGAGAACUGGUUACCGAGAAAGGCGAUGAGUGCAACUAGAGUGGCCGGCAUAUUGCACGCCUUAGAAGGAUGGGAAAUGCAUGAGUGUGGCACAUCCCUUCUUCUCUCGGAUUUGGACCAAGUAUGGGAAGCCUGUCUCAGCCACGGCUUCCAGCCUCUCCUCCUUCCACAUCAUUAAAACUCCAACCUUGGAAGAUUUUAGGAGAAUGAGAGCGACACGCUCUGUGCUUCUUUUCCUUAUGAUCCAGCUCUUCCACGCACAAAUGAACUAUGAAACAUAUAUAAAGCGCACACAUAUAUUUAUGCAUAUCAAGCUUUUGGUGAUUAUGGUAUUGAUAGAGUCAAAUUAAGCUCGGUGACUAUGGUAUUAAUAAGAGUACUAUUUCCUUUUCUCUUUGUGAACUAAGAAACAUAUAUAUAUAAAGCAAACAUGUUCCAGAAUAUCUAAGUUUUUCUUCUCC